UUUUCAGCCCUACAUCAGCACUUUCCCUUCCAAGGUAGAGCGAUCGUCCUUUAGCUGCUUCUCUCUCUCUCUCUCUCUGACAAAGCGUCGGGGCGAACGAACAUCGAGAGGGCCCUUAUGGAGGCGGCCAUUCUGCGGCGUGCGCUCGAGAAGCUUUCGUCUCAUGAGGUCACGAGAGUCAUCACACGCGCUGAAUCAACUGAACGCGAUGGGCUGAUUGGUCAGCUGACCAAUAUUUAUUUGGCGGUUUGGACUGUAGGAUGGCCGUAUUGGGCAUCGCCGAAAAGGCGCGAACUUGAAGAUGCGUGUUCCUUAACUGAUCGUUUAGUUGAUUUGAUCCAUAACUUUCCGCACAGAUCACACGCAGUAACACAGGUACGUGCACUUAUUCCUGGCCCCAACUUUAGCCACAAGCUUCGGCGGAUGAAAGAGAUUAUUUUUUAUUUUUGGAGAGAUCAGAUGAUAGAGAUUUUAUACUGCAAAUCCGCCGACUUGCUCGAUGCCAAGUACCAAGGCGACAUUGAUUCCAACUUAAAGAAGUUGAAUUAUAUGUUCGAUCAAAUUUUCGGUGCACUUUUCAGUAGACCAGUUGCGUUGGAUUGUCCUAGAGAAUGGAAUGCUCCGGUAAUUCCCCGGCGGAGUGGCACAUUGAGAUCGGCAUCUGUGGAAUCGGAAAUUUUAGGAAGAGAUGAAGACAAAGAAAAGAUCUUGCAGAUCAUCUUUUCUGGACCGUCCGACGGCCUCCGUUUUGUUCACAUUUCCGGUCGUGACGGAUCGGGAAAGACAGCCCUUGCUCGGCUGGUUUACAAUGACCCGCGUGUGAAGAAAUACUUCGACUGCCGAAUGUGGGUCACUACGCCUGAAGAUUCUGAUAUCGAGCUGAUUGUGAUGAAAAUUAUAAACUGUGUAACCCAGUUAGCAAAUCAUACGCUAGAUUUAGGAUCACUCGAUAAGCUGUGCGAUUAUCUUUGCCAAGUCCUGCGUGGGAGGAGAUUUUUCCUUGUUCUGGACGACAUCUGGGUGGAAAAUGAAAGUGAGUGGGAAACAUUUAAGCCGUUUUUGAGUGUUGGCGAGGGAGGGAGUACUGUCAUCAUGACCACACGAGGUAGAGAUUCGGUGAUAAUUGAGUCUGCUGUCCCAUAUGAACUUGAACCAUUACCAGAAGAUGUAUGCUUUGAUCUGUUAGUGAAGAAAGCUUUCGGAACUGAAAACGAGUUGGACUCUGGGAUAGUUAAGAAGAUAGUAGAAUUGUGUCGUAGCUUGCCCAUAGCAAAUAACAUGAUAGGUGGGAUUUUGCAGUGUCACCCAAAAAAUGCAAGCCACGUACUGGAGUAUCUGAAUUCACAUAGUAAUGGAGAUCUAAAUAUACAUACUUUGAUCAAAUUCAGCUAUUAUACUUUGCCAUGGCAUCUCAAGCUUUGCAUUUUGUACCUGACGAUGUUCCCUAAAGAUCAUACUUUUGAUAAGCAGGAAAUAAUUGAUUUAUGGAAUGUUAAUGGCUUCAUUCCGUGCACACAACAAGAUGGUAUAAUCAAAGAUUAUGGUCGUCAUUGCUUCAAUAUAUUGGUCUCUUAUCACUUCCUUCAGGAGGUGCAAUACCCAGAAGGCCAAGGAAAUUUAAAAUACUGUAUUAAUUCUCAAGUAUAUACUUUUUUGAACUAUGCUGUUGGAAGUAAACACAUGGCAACAAAUGCCAUUGACGGGAUGAUGUGUGUAAAAAUGAGUGAUGACCUACGUGCUUCCCCAGAACAGAUUAGACAUUUAUCAUUGUUAUGUGAUGAGAACACUAGGACAUUUCUCAGUGCUUUAUCACGUUGCCCAAAUCUACAGACAUUGCUUUUAGUUAAAAACAGCAAAAUGGAUGAGCUUAAGCAGAAAAUCGGGAUUACACAGAUUAAUGAUGACUUUUUCUCCCGUUUAAAAUAUCUCCGUGUGUUGGAUCUACAUUCCUGUGCCAUUUCAGAGCUACCUAAAUCAAUUAAGAGCUUAUCAUUCCUAAGGUACCUCAAUCUUUCAGAAACUGAUAUAGAAACUAUUCCGGAGUCUAUAGGGAACCUCCAGGAACUACAGAUUCUUAACCUCUCUUAUUGCAAGAAUUUUCAUACAAUUCCAGAGUUGAUUGGGGGCCUCCAGAAUAUGCUGAUUCUUAAUCUCUCUCAUUGCAAGGAACUUUGUACUCUUCAUCCUUCCAUCACCAAGCUUCGAAAUUUAGAAACUUUAAACCUUGAAGGUUGUUGUAAGCUUGACAGUUUGCCUGAAAGCAUGUAUUCUUUAAGAGAGCUGAGACAUCUUAAUAUCCUAGGGUGUUCCUCGUUAACUACCAUUCCACAUCAAAUGGGGCGGUUAUCCAACCUCCAGACACUAUCAAGAUUCAUUGUGACUGCUGAGAGAGGGCGCAAAAUCGAGGAGCUAGGGAGCUUAGAUAAUCUUAAAGGUGCAUUACAGAUCGAGAACCUUGAGAAGGCGUUGGACCCGGAAGAUGCCAAAAGAGCACAGUUGAAUUCUAAGAGAAAUAUUACGUCGUUGGCAUUGUAUUGGAGUUGGUUGAACUUCUAUAAUGAUGAUAGUGAAGCUUCUGAUAGAACUGCGCAGCAAGUUCUUGAAGCCCUGCAACCGCCUCCAAGUUUAGAGAUUCUAGACAUAUUUUCAUACCCUGGAACAGGGGCACCUCAAUGGAUGACAAAUGGGAAGUCAACUCUUGAAUAUAUGGUAGAGAUUAGACUAGUUAACCUUAAGAGAUUGAAAAGUUUACCACCACUUGGACAAUUUCCUUGUCUUAAGGUCAUCGAGAUAAGAGGAAUGAAUGCAGUGACCUGUGUUGAUGAUACAUUUUCUGGAAAUGAUGGUACAUUCCCAAAACUAGAAAAACUUACUUUCUUUCGAUUGCCUAAUCUGCAGAAAUGGGUGAUGGAAGAUAAUCAGAACAAAUUCCCUCAUCUUAGAGAUUUGACAGUAGCUCAUUGCCCUAAGCUGAAGGUGCUGCACUUUAGUUGCUCUUCUCUUGUAAACUUGAAUCUGCUGUUUAAUCAAGAAAUGCUGUGUAGCACACCUGGAGCUCUGAAAUCUUUCAGUAGAUCUCUUCGAAAGCUCACAAUUGGAUUAUGCUGUGAGCUGGUUGCAACUUCAACAUGUGAGGCACUGCAUGACCUUACUGCUUUGGAGAAGUUGGAAGUAUCUGAGUGCGAUGAGCUGAUUAGUUUGCCACAGGGCAUGCGCCAUCUUACGUCCCUCCGUUACCUGACCGUAACGAACUGUAGAAAUUUGGAGACUUUGCCAGAUUGGCUAUGGAACUCUGCAUCCCGGCCUGAAUUGUUCAUAUCUGGUUGCCCAAAGCUUCGUCAGCUAGAAGUACCGGUGCACUACUAUGCUUGAAUCAUGGAGACUAUGCUUUUCUUAUACUGAAGAAACCAAAAAUUUGUGAAUUGCCGCAGUCAGAAAAAUGAGGUUAUUGAAGCCAUGAAGUAGAAGUGUUGCGCAUUUGACUGAACUUUACAUUCACAGAUUGUGUAGACUGGCGACUGCAGCAGCACGGUUAUUGGGGAAAAUUUUUAUUUAGCUAUGAGUAUUUAGGGCAAAGAAUUACAGUAUUGCAUUGGUUGUGGCUUACUACCUACUGUGGCAGAAUGAUUUCAAUAACUUUGCAUACUUUCUUUACAUGUAAUUGUUUGGGAUCUCUUGUGGCCUAUGUUGUGUAAGAUAACAUGUAAUGGAUUGUUACUAUGAUGUUGUAUGUGUUGGUGUGGAGGAAUGCUUGAAAAUUGCUGUGCAAUGAUAGUUUGUACAUAUUCUUCAGGAUUCUAUUAAGAAAGAUUGUGUGGACCUUACCUAAACUAUUAUGCCUUAUGUUGUAACAAAGUACAGUGUCUUUAGAAA